UCGUCAAAUCCCCGCCUACUCUUUAUGACCCAAUGGGCUAGCAACGAAAAAGGUUUAGUAGAUUCUGGAAGCCCUCGUGGUGAAAGGAUGGAUCAGGUGAAUAAAUUAAAGGACCAGGGCAAUAAAGCCCUUAGUGAGGGUAAACUUGAAGAAGCUGUGAAAUGCUACACAGAUGCCAUCCAGCUGGAUCCUAAAAACCAUGUGCUCUACAGCAACCGCUCUGCUGCUUAUGCCAAGAAAGAGGAUUACUACCACGCAUUAGAAGAUGCAGAAAAGACUGUGCAGCUCAAGCCUGAUUGGGGCAAGGGAUAUUCUCGAAAAGCUGCUGCUCUGGAGUUUUUGGGGCGGUUAGAACUUGCAAAAACAACUUAUGAGGAAGGACUGAAGCAUGAUCCUACAAAUCCGCAGUUAAAAGAGGGACUGCAAAAGUUGAUGGCCAAGAUGAACGAGAAGAGGAAGCUGAUGAAUCCAUUUUCACUCCCUGACCUCUAUCAGAGGCUUGAAGCUGACCCUCGUACUCGGCCUUUGCUGUCAGACCCCAGUUAUAGGGAACUAAUUGAGAAGCUGCGAGCCAAUCCUUUUGGAGGAGGUGGAAUAAAUUUGCAGGACCCACGUUUGAUACCAACACUGAGUGUACUCACUGGUGUUGAUCUGACACCCGACGAUGAAGAUGAAGAACCAUCUCCUCCCCCACCUCCCAAGAAAGAAGAUGCUACCCCAAAACCUAAAGAUGAAGAUUUACCAGAGAACAAGAAGAAGGCUUUAAAAGAGAAGGAACAAGGCAAUGAUGCUUACAAAAAGAAAGACUUUGAGACAGCACUGAAACAUUAUGAGGCAGCCUUCGAGCUUGAUCCUUCUAACAUGACCUAUCUUAGCAACCAAGCAGCUGUAUAUUUUGAGAAAGCUGAGUAUGAACGUUGUAGAGAGCUGUGUGAGAAAUCUAUUGAAGUUGGCAGAGAAAACCGUGAAGACUAUCGACAGAUUGCCAAGGCUUAUGCAAGAAUUGGGAAUUCAUAUUUUAAACAGGAGCAAUAUAAAGAAGCCAUUCAGUUUUUCAAUAAGAGUCUCGCUGAGCACAGGACUCCAGAUGUGCUGAAGAAGUGCCAGCAGGCUGAGAAAAUUCUGAAGGAGCAAGAGAGGCUGGCAUAUAUAAACCCAGAUUUAGCUUUGGAAGAGAAGAAUAAGGGCAAUGAAUUCUUCCAGAAAGGUGACUAUCCUCAGGCUAUGAAGCACUACAGUGAAGCCAUUCGUCGAAAUCCAGAUGAUGCCAAACUUUAUAGCAACCGAGCUGCCUGUUACACCAAACUGCUGGAGUUCCAAUUAGCUCUCAAGGACUGUGAAGAAUGUAUCCGGUUGGAUCCAACAUUCCUCAAAGGGUACACGCGCAAAGCUGCUGCCUUAGAAGCAAUGAAGGAUUUCAGCAAAGCGAUGGACUUUUACCAAAAGGCUCUUGACCUUGACUCCUCUUCAAAGGAGGCAGCAGAGGGUUACCAGCGUUGUUUAGUUUCACAGCAUAUGCGCAAUGAUAGCCCCGAAGAUGUGAAGCGACGGGCAAUGGCAGACCCAGAAGUACAGCAAAUCAUGAGUGAUCCUGCCAUGCGGAUGAUUCUUGAGCAGAUGCAGAAGGAUCCACAAGCACUCAGCGACCACUUGAGGAACCCAGUUAUUGCACAGAAGAUUCAAAAGCUCAUUGAUGUGGGACUUAUUGCUAUCCGGUGAUGGAUGUCAUUUCUUGGUGUGUGAAAGUUAAGUCAACUAAAGAACAGAUCCUCUUAGGCCUGUCUGAGAUGUGAGCUAAGCAACUGAGUGCAGUGGAGGCUGGAGGGGUCAGGGCUUGGGGUGCUCAGGCUCAACCUUCUCCAGCCUCUUUGGUCUUAGUGCUUUGCUCCCCAGGAGAGCAUCUUCUGAAUCUACUGGGCCCUUUUUUUUUUUUUUUUUUUUCUCUUUUCUUUUUGAUUCUAAUUUUGGCCAUUUUGAAGUAUUGCUCAGUCUCCAUCUGGGUGGCCUCAUUUUUGUACUGCUUUAUUACAGUAUGGAAAAAAGCUUACCGGAAAUCUUGACCUCAUGGUUGGACCUGAUCACGCCUAGGAGAGAGAUUUUUUUUCCCUUUUUUUUUUUUAUUUUUUAAAUGCACAUCAACGGAAUAGUUGCCAUCUUGCUGUUUACAUUUGUGUGUUUCUCUUGUCCAUUUCUCUGGCAAACCAACCAAACUACUAUCUAAAGUGUAAUAUUCCACAGCACCAAGCAAAGCACAGAGAGUUUAAAACAUUAACAGAAAAGUUGUUGAAGCAAAAUAAUCCAAUAAAGUUAUUUGAAGAGGAAGA